AAGAAUACCCUUCUCUCUCUUUCCUUGAGGAAGCUCAAUUUCCAAUAGGCAUCUCCCCAUUAACCAAGUUCAAAACAAAACAAAAGAAACUCACACAUAUGAAAAUUGAAAUGUCCCCAAAACAAGCCACUUUAGUUCACAUAGAUGAAGACUACAUUGACAUGGAACUAACUUCCCCCUCAAAUUUCCUCUCCUACUCCUUUGGUUCUCCACCAAACAACCCUAGAGAAUUUGAAUUCCAAAUGAGCUCAAUCUCAAAUGAAAAAGAUUCCAAAACUACCCCUGCUGAUGAUCUCUUCUACAAAGGUAAACUCCUCCCUCUUCACAACCCUCCUCGCCUUCAAAUGGUUCAAAACCUUCUCCAAACCACCAACUUAGAACACUCUACUAGUACUAGUACUACUUUUCCUUUCACACCUCCCACUUUUUCCACUUACACCCCUCUCGAUUCCUGCAAUAUUUCAUCCUCAGAAUCAUGCAGGGUGAGCAGUGAAGUUAACCCAGAUGAGUAUUCCUUCGAAAUGAACCCUCUUGUUGUUACUCAUUCACCACAGAUCAAAUCUUGGCCUAAGAAACUCAAAUUGAUGAACCACUUACUCUUUGGCCAAAAACUCAAAGCUUCAAAAGCUUAUCUCAAAUCUCUCUUCAACAAAUCUGGUUGUUCAGAUAAACCAUCAUGUGCUAAUGAUCCAAACAAGGUUAACAGAAGGAAAAACAAAAACCCAUUUGAGGUUUUCUAUGAAGAUGAUAAGAAACAAAUGAAAAGAGAGAUUGUUGAAGAUGAUUUUAUAAGUCAUAGGAAAUCUUUCUCCGGUGUUGUUCAAAGACAAUAUUGCGGUAACAAGUCUUCGUCUUUAUCGACGUCUUCGUCUGGGUCUAGUUCGAAUUCUUCGUCUUUUUCUUUUAGUUCAGCUGGGUACUAUGAUUUACAGUUGUUUAAGAGAAGUAUUAGUGCUAAUUAUGAGCUGGAAGGUUCAAUUGAAGGAGCUAUAGCACAUUGUAAACAGUCUCAGUCUCAAUCUCAGCAACAAUGUUGUUCAAAGAAUGGUUCAGAUGAUGCUACAAAAGUUGAAGUUUGUGAAGAUAAAGAAAGUUUGAGUGAGUGAGUGAAGAAAAUUCUGUAAGAAAAAAGAAAAAAAAAAAAAAGAGAAUUAUUUUCUUUAAAUGUUGCAUUUUUAAUGGAGUUUGAUGUUUUGGUGUUUAAAGCAUUAUUAAUUUGUUCU